UUUAUUCCAGCGGAAUCGUACAUUAUCGGAGGAAGAAGAUAUCCGCAACUUCCAGUUACAAAUGCAGCAGAUGCAUAGACCUUCCUGUGUCGCUCUAGAAAAAGAUCUCAGAAAAAUGAAUUUCAAUGUCAAAUUUAAUGAUUCAGCUCUUGGCAAAGUACACCAUGAGCUAGCCAAGUAUCAUGAGAUAGGUCGGUUCUGUGAUAAGAAAGAAGAGGAUAUAGAUUGGGAGUCGGCACUCUUCCACGAAGUACAUGCAGCAGAGCUAGGAGAGCUGGAAGCCAUAUUGACAUUAGCUAAACUCUAUCUUGGCAUGGAACAUGAUGUCCUCAUGAAUUGUCAAGUACAUGGGGAUCCAGAAGAGAAUCUUGAUAUAGGUAUAGACUACAUGGUGCAAGCAGCAGAUGCCGGAGAUAGAGGGGCUAUGAUCUAUGUUGCUAAGGCAUUUGAGACAGGAGAUGGACUUGGCAAAAAGAGAGAGCAGUCAUGGGAAGAUGCUAUAUACUGGUAUGACGAGGCGUUAAACUCUGUCAACGAGCAGGAUGAAGGCGGAGAGUAUGACAGUACUAUGUAUGAUCCUCCCUAUACCCUGAUGGCCAGUAUGGCGGACAUGUAUAUGAAAGGAGGACAUGGCCUUGAAAAAAUGCCAGAGAGAGCAGCGGAGUUGUAUAAUCAGGCAGCAGAAGGUGCUAUGGCAGCUAUGAAGGGGAGAUUGGCCAACAAGUAUUAUGCCUUGGCCGAGGAGGCUGCUGCUGAGAUAGAAGAGGAGGAGUAAUUGUACCUCUAGAUCUGAUAACCUACACCUACAAUAUGUGACAUACAGCAGUAGUGAUAACCUAUACUACAACUACACAAUCUGACAUACAGCUGUAGACACGGACAGUAGUGAUAUUAUACAAACUUUGAUCAACAUUGUAUUAGAGACAAAUUGUGGACUAGCCUUUGGGAUUUAAAUUUUUCUUGUGAUUCUAUGUCUUGACCUGUUUUAAAAGUUUGGGAGAUUUUUCCUUAGUUUAAUUAAUUGGGUCUGUUAGGCAACAGAAACAAUAUGUUGAAUAUGUUGAAACAAUUUGUAUGCUGGAUAAGACUUGUGUUGUAAAGGUAUAGUAGAUUUUUCAAUAUAGGAUUAUUUGAAGGUGUUUAUUUAUUGAGCAUUUUGAAUUCCUUUGUUGUAGUUUGCUAUUUCAGAGAGAAUUGAGCUUAUAUUCUAUGGUGUUUUGUACAAGCUGUUGAUAUACAUACAUACAGGGAUUCAUAAGAGAACACACUGUUUGUACCUCUCCAAAAUUGUUAUGUGAUCAAACAUUAUGACCAUUACUAAAACCUUCCAUAUCUAAAACUUAUUCUAUCUGCUGAUACUUGCUGUUGAAGAUAAAGGCACUAACAUGUUGUUGUUGUUGUAAGGUGACAUAUAUUAAGCUUUGCCCUUUUCACAAUUAUCUGAGAAGAUGUGGACUAACAUGUUAUACUUUGUUAGGGUAACCUUUCUAUAUAGAUAGGUCAUUUGAUGAUUCAGAGCUAAAAAUAGCUCGAUAUAAAUUUCUGAAUUAUUCAGAUUUGUUCAAUAUAAAAUUGUGAUUCAAUUUAUUAUGUGAUAGGGCAUUUACAGUAUUUUUGUACUUCUGUAGUUUAUAGAAUACUCGCAAGGGUCUUUCUGUAUGUAUAAUUGUUUAAAUGUGAAUGAAAUUUUGUAAAGAUUAUUUCAUAAAUACAUACUUUCAUGUUUUUUUUUUAUGUUUUGAUAGUUUUGAUUUAAUAGUUCCUAAAUGUUGUGGUGCAGUUCAUUACGUAUAUAUGGUGCAUAGAUUUUGGGUUAAUAAUUGUCAGGAAUUGAUCGUUUGUUUUGUAACUUUUAAAGCUUUAAAUUUGUUAAUCAGUAAAGUCAAUAAGCUAACUUUUCUAGUCAGUGAAACAUAGAGACAAUACUUUCUUAGAUUUAUGAGAAUAUUUACAUUUAUUGGUAUGUUUUAAUACUGAAAAUCUUAUGAUAGUACAUGCAUUAGGUCAAAUACUAAACUUAAAAUCAUAGAGAUGUAUUUGAAUUUUUGCUUUUUUAAAGAUAAUGAUGAAUUACAUUUUAAGUAAUUUUCAUAUAUCUAAAGUUAUUGUUAUGAAAGUUUGAUUAACUAUUUUGGGGAUUUUGCACCUAUAAUAGAGAAAAACAUGUCAUAAAACUGAAGUAACAAUUUUAAAAAAUAAGGGGAAAUAUAUCACUUACUUGUACAUAUUUCUUGUUUUUUCAUUUUCAUUUAUUCAUGUAACCUUUUUUUGUCAUUAGGUAUCAUUUCUUAUGUUAAAUGUUGUUGAUGAGUUUGUGUUAAUGAAGAAUGGGUCUUAAAAUUAACGAUUUUGUCAGGGAUUUUGUGAUAUUUUUAUACGAGUAUGAAUGAAAUUUAGGAUAGUAUUUUGUAUACAUGUUAUAAAUGUGUAGUAUACACAUGUGUCAACUCAAUCAUUACAUCUGUUCGGGUUUUUUGGUGUCCUUUUAUUAGUUUAAUUAUGUAAGUGAGACCUUUUCUUUUGUCAUAUAAAUGUUAAUUUUCAUAAAUGAUCUCUAAUUGUCACCAUUUUAUCAUAAUUGUUCAUACUAUAAGUAUGGUGAGCAGCACUUCAAUGUCAUGUUUUGAAAAAUCCUAUGUAACUUAUUAAAGAAUGUUUAAAAAAAAUGUUUUUUUAAUCCAGAGUAUCAGUAUUUCGCUAGUCAGUAGCUGAUCUUAAUUGUUUCAGUAGACAACAUGAAAAUUGACACCAUAAAAAAGUAUUUCCAGGUUUGUCAAAAUCUGUCUUAAAUACAGUAAAUAAUGUAUGUGAUAUUCUUGUAUAAUUGAUUAAAACUGCAGAUAUAUGAGCCGUGUCACGACAAAACCAACAUAAUGGGUUUGCGACCAGCAUGGAUCCAGACCAGCCUGCGCAUCCACGCAGUCUGAUCAGGAUCCAUGCUGUUCGCUAUCAGUUUCUCUACUUGUAAUAGAGUUGGUAAGCGAACAGCAUAGAUCCUGAUCAGACUGCGCGGAUGCGCAGGCUGGUCUGGAUCCAUGCUGGUCGCAAACCCAUUAUGUUGGUUUUGUCAUGGCGCGGCUCAUAUGUGUACAGUUGACACAUGACAGGAAGAUCCUUGCCUGACUAAAAUGGUAAUAGAUUAUGUUCCAAUGAUCAACAUUGCCACUGAACAUCCAGUUGGCGUGAGAUGUAAAUGUCUGAAACUAUGUUGAUGUCUUGGUGCCAUAUUAAUAAAAUGCUGAUAUAUGUAGAUUGCGCCAAGUCCUUGAUGUACAUGGUAAUUUAUUAUCAAUAACAUUUUGAUGUUCAUAGUGCUUCAUUGGUGAUGUAUAUAUUACUUUCAUACUAUUUAACAUGGCUAUUAUCAUAUCAUUUAAAGGCACAUUAUGCCUCAGAAUUUUUUAAAAAUUCUUUAGAAAUGUCAAACAUCUGUUUAAUUAUGUUUAAAUAAUGAAUUAAGUGCCUGUUAAAUGUUUUACAACUGAAAAAAGCGCUGAGCAUGAGUUAUGUAUCUUAAAGGUAGCAAAAUGUAAACAAAAUGGUAUUUUGUUUGAAAGGCAAAAUAUUAUAAAAACCAAUUGCCAACAGAACUAAAUAUGCAAAAGAUAGUUCAUGUAUAUAGCAAAUGAAUAUGUUUUUGGAAACUGUAACAAGAUCCCAAACAUUUUUGAGAAAUAAAAAUGCUUGCAUUUCUGAGUCAUACUGGACCUUUAAUAUUUUUGUAGUGAUUUUAAAGGGAGAGUUAUAAUAUGUGCUUGUGUGCAUUAAUACAUUGGAAAUAAAUGUUAAGUGAAUCAUGAUGAUGAUUGUGGUGGUGAUGAUGAUGACCAGUAAAUAACCAGUUCUGUCUGUAGUCAUGACAAAACUAUACUUUUCCUACUAAAUAUAUGGUAUGAUAAAUAUUAAACAAAAUCAUGUAAUAAAGAAGCCAUAUGAAAUGGGUGAUAUAUAUCAGAAAUGAUAUCUUUGGUGCAAACAGUGUGUAUUAAAUACAUUCUACACUAAUCAAAUUUAGUAUGCCAAUAUAUAUUUUAAUUUACGUGAUUUGAUUUCAUACUGCUUAUGUUUAACAUUUAGUAUUACCUAACCUAUAAUCUUUAUCAACAUUAAUGUCCCGUAUUACAAAACCACCCUUUAGAUAAAUAUUGUUCAGUUAUCUUUGAAAAUAGUUACGUAUUGCUUAUUGUUUGCUGAAUAGUUGUGAAAUUGUGGGACACUUUGGAAAGGUCUUUGGUGACUUAGACAUUUAAUUUGUUCUCUGAGACAAAUUUUGGUUUUCAGCAAUUUGAUUUCUAUGUAUUUAGGAAAAAAAAUGCAAUUUUUUAUCAUGUUUUAUAACUAAUAAUACUCUAAAUGUAUUCCCUGUGAAUUAUGUGUUUCCCUAGUAUAUAAGUAUACUGCUGUAUAUAUUGCAUUUGAUUUAUGUUGAUACCUCUAGAUUGUACAGUGAAAUGUUGGUGCCAAUAUUAGGGUUGCUAAGCAUGGCUAACUAAAAUGUCAGAGUGAUUUCCGAAAGAAAGAAAAACAACACCAAGUAUCCAUCACUAUGAGAAUGGCAACAUUCUUGUUUUAAAGUCACUUUGUUCUGACUUACAUUUUACAAUAUUUGAAUGCUGAACUAGAAUUUUUAUCUCAUAUUUAUUAUGCAACUUUUAUUUUGUCAGCUGUUAUAAAAGUCCUCUUGUAUUAUUUUACAAUAGCACCUUAUGCAAGGAUUUUAUUUAGUAACUUUGCUGCUGACAUGUUUAUAGCAAACCAUGGUUAUAUAUUAUAUUGCCAGUAUAUAUAGCAAACCAUGGUUAUAUAUUAUAUUGCCAGUAUAUAUUUGGAAAGCUUCUGUAUCAUUCCAUAUUUGGGUUAUAUUGCUCAGCUUACAUUAGGUAGCAUGUUUUGUUUGUCAUAUACCAAGUACUGGCCAGAAUUUUCUUGUAUUGGGAAUUAAUUUUUGUUAAAAAUAAUUAGUUUGCUUAUAUUGUGCAAGUAUUUGACCCUGUGAAAACCAUGAUGUAUACAGGUUAACACCGGUAUCUAGUUGUAAACAUUAUAUACUUGAUUUUAACAACAAGGUUAAUUUUUGAUUUAAGUUAUUCAUUAUGUUUAAGUGAAAAUUCAGAAAAAUAAUGAAAAUUAAAAUGUUCAUGCUUUAUUUGUGUGUAUACAUUUACACAUCGUCUAAAAAUGCAACCCAUGAAAAAAUGAUUUUGAAAAAUGAACAUGUGACUGGAGAUUUAUACUGUACAAUAGCUUUGUAAAUAUGCAUUUGUACUUUUUCAUUACUAAAUGUUGGGUUUUUGUUUUAUCAAACUUUUUACAUCAUUUGAAAUAUUGUCCAUGUCAAGUUUUACAUUGUUAAUCACUUUGGUGAUUUUAAUUUGCUUUUGAGGUUAGAAUCCUAGCUACAUAUAUAUAAAUAUUGGUGUUUUACAUUUGUAUUGUCAAUACUUUAAUCAAGUAUUUAUGGACAUUUGUAUAACAUUAUAGUUGUCUCUAAAGUUUAUAUAGACUUCAAGACGCUGUUUUUACAUAACCAUCAAAGAUGUCAGUUUCCAUAUGUUAAUGUAAGACAUGUUUCUCAGUAAUCUGUUCUGGUUAUACUAUUGGUAUACAUGGUGAGGUGUGAUACAUCUCUUUAAACCUGUAAUAUAACAGUAAUUGCCUAGAGGAUUUACUACACUGGUGUAUCUGUAAGGUUAUAUACCUUGUUACAGGGAUUCUAUAUAACCAAUAGCAAUAGAGAAUUGGAUCAUUACUUGACAUAGAUGUGUUUUAUCAUAUUAUGAAUGGUACUUCACAUGUUCAGAGAAAUAGAGGAAGUUGUGUGAAGUUGGGGAUUUAAAGCAUGAACUGUAAUUACAUGUGGGUGUUAUAUGUCCUUAUGUUCCAAAUGAAAACUGACAUGUUUAUUUGGUUAUAAGUGAAAUGGUAGACUGAAGUCUAGAUUUUGAAUCUACUUAUCCCCUAGAUGGUUCAGUAGAAUCUUGGAAUAUGCAUAAUUUUGUUAUCUUGUCAUUUUGGACUUCUUGAAUAAAGAUUUUGUCUGAAUACAGAAAA